AUGCCUCCGCGUGCAGUGGGCGAGGCACACCCGCCAAAGUUGGAAAGAGCGUGGAACCCGAUUGUUUCUUCGUUAUCCCAUGAGGUAGGAGGUUCAGUCAGCGUUGGUUCCCCGAUUGAUAUUUUGCUGUCGGACAAGAUUCGGUUCAGGCUCGGGGCUGGAUUACGCAAAGAACGACCCGUCCACAAGCUCUCCAGGGUUGCCUCCAUAUUGGCUUCCACAUCUGCACUUGUGGUUAUUGUUGCUUGGCUAGCCUUCUGUAAGAUCCAUCGCAGCGACAGAAGAGCAACAGGGCUAGUGCAGCGGCACUUGUCUGAUUAUGGGGAAGAAAACGAACUUGAAAGCAUUUUGGAAGGUUGUUUGGAGUUAAGGGAGGAACUUGGGCUCUCACACGAUGUUUCCGAGCCUGAUGAGCCGCCAGAAGCGAAGAAGGCUAGGUUGUUCCUCAUGUUGAGAGAAUCCGGAGAAGCAUUUGAACGCGCGAGAGAGAAUAGUUUACAGCCGUUGCAAGCGGGGGCACGAGGUCUCACCCAUGAGUCUUCUGCACGUGAACAAAGUCAACUAUUGGGCGACCAUACGUUGAAUUACUCGUCGCAAGGGGAGAUGUCUAGGUCUGAAGGGACGGCGUGGUUGCCUGCUGCCGCCCCAAAAAGGAAGUCUGCACGACGGCGCAUCAGUAACGAUUCUUUAGGAAGCGCGUCCACCCGAGUAAUUCCCUCACCAAGCGCUUCACCAAAGGUAUCCAUUAGCGCUAGGUUGGCGUCCAGCCCUAGGGCCAGUUCAGGAUCUGAUGCCAAAGGCCAAAGUCCUGAAGACUGGCUGUCCCGAGAUGUAGAAGGAAGUUCCCCAAAAGGAGAAGAGCAGGGACCCCCAGGAGGACAAUCCUUGCACAAUAGCCCAAUACGCAUGGGGCUAACAGGUUUUUCAGCACACACACUAAUGAAGCAUCCAGCAGUACUUACAGGGGCAUCCUUUGUAUCAAUGUUAGGACCUGAUGGCACACGUCAUAGCCACGAAGACUGGUUAUCGCCAGUUGCAAAAGCAAGUUCCCCAAAAGGAGACGAGCCGGUACCCCAAAGAGGAGAAUCCCCGUAUAAUGACACAAAACUCAUGAGGCCAACAUGUUUUCCAGAAGCCACCUCAACAAGUGGAGCAGCAGAGGCAUCAUUUGUAUCCAGUGAUACGGAAGCCAAUGAGGCUGCGGGCUAUGACUUAUCUACGGGUGCCGAGCAGAAUGCAGCCAAAAUGGCAUCUGAUCAAGAAGUGUUCCAAGAGAGGACUUCAGUGGGAGAAGGUGCGCAGCAGGCGGAAGAACGAGUAGAUGAUGUUGGUGUUUCACAGCAUUCAACACCUGUUGGUCAAUUGGUCGAAAUGAAGUUUGCGAAGGAAGGACAGACUUUAGCAGGCAAGACCCAUCUUCAUCCUUUUGUGCGGCUCCCACCAACAAUUCCCAAAGACAUCACACAACUAUUCAAUGGUGUUAUUGCUCUGUCAAGCAACGUUACUAGGGGUAGUCCAAUGAAAGAUUUCAAUGUGAUGCGCAUGCUAUUUGCAAAGCGUUGCCUAACCGGCCAAGACGUGUCGCAGCUGAUGGCUGCGUGCAGAUGCCUCAUUGCCUACGCAUGCCAAAAACUAACCAGUUCUCCCUCUAAAUCGAAUCCGUUCUACAUUGUUAGAAGGCUGGCAGCGACAUUUAUGGUGUUUGACUAUGUGGUCAGUACGAUCCAGGUCUUAGGGGAUAAAGCGAAUAUCCAGAGCUGGUGGCCACACUUCGUGGGACGGUUCGAUACUGAUGCCAACGUUGAAAUAAAGGCUUUCACUCACAGUAACACUGAAUAUUUGGCAACCUUUUGCCAACGGCUGAGUGACGCACUGGCUAUCUACAAGACGGGAGUACGCCCACCGCCUAACAUCAUUAUUAAAUUAAAAAGGGACAUCCUUUCUAAACUACGGCACAACUCCAUUUUCGAGAAUUCCUCUUGGGAGCUCUGGGAAGAAGAUGACGCUCUUUUUCACUGA